AUGGAACCUCUCGGCGUUGGACUAGGAACAGCAGCCUUGCUGUCAACCGUAUUGGAUGUCUUUGCUCUGGUGACCUCGUUUCGUUCAUAUUCUGAGAGCUCGACUGUCCUUUUCCGCCAGCUGGAACUGGAGAGAGAGGUCUUGCUGCGGUGGGCAGUCGAAGUCGGACUCCAUCCCGCCAGGGCUUCUUUAUCGAACUGCGCCAUUCCACCAAAUCUGCUUCCAUUAGUCCAUAAUACAGUCGCCACGAUCGGUUCUGUUCUAGCAAAGGCAACUUCACCAAUUGGAGGGGACAACAAGGAGCUGGAGACCGGCCCGCACUACCUUGGGCAGGUACUUGAAAGGCUACAGAAGGAGACCCAGCCCAAGCAUAGCCAGUCGCGACUCUCAAGGUCUCUUGCCCGGCUGGGAUGGGCAAUCGGCGAGGAAGCGCGACUGAAAGACCUGAUCGCUACGAUCCAUGCGUACAAUACCAGCCUCCAUAACCUCAUUCCGAAGCCCCUCCAGAUUUCCUUGGACGGAUCGAUCAUGCAAGCGAUUCUCGCCGAACCAGAUCCAAACAGGCUGUUGGAGAUACAACGCGCAGGAGUGCAUUGGCGAAGAGCUUUAUCUGUGGCCGCAAGCGUGGCAGCACUGCAGCAGCAAGCAUCAACGCCGAUUCCUCCGUCCACCAACCAGCUCAUGCUAUCACGCGCUAGGUUCGCCUCUCUUGGACAGGAUAUGGCACGGUACCAAACAAAGUAUACAAAUAAUGGAAUAACCGAGGUCCUCAUCGAAUGGCGAGCUUACAGAAUCCCGCCCAACUCAGAGACGAAAAUGACAUACCUCAAUACUUGCCUCGACCUUGCCCGGCUUCUCCAUGCUAGUCAGAACCUGGAGACGUACCGCACUCUUGACUGUCUGGGAAUCCUGGACGAUGUUGAGUUCCAACCGCAUUCCCGAGUAGGCCUGGUGUAUCGGGUGCCCCUGGCAGUAGCCGCAGCAGGGCCGCCGGUCAAAGUGUUCACCCUACACGAUCUGAUUAACCUGAAGGAGUUCUCCAGACCGUCGCUUGAUGAGCGCUUUGAGCUUGCCAGGAACCUUGCAACAGCACUUCACCGGCUCUUUGUGUCUAGAUGGUACCAUAAAAACCUCAACUCGAAGAACAUCCUCUUCUUUACCCAGGCCGCUGACGGGAGAGGGAGCUGCGUUCAGCCCUAUCUUUCUGGCUUCGACUACGCCCGCCCGGACUCUCCUGAUGAAAUGACGAUUAAGCCGGAGGCAGACGAGUUCUGCGAUCGAUACCGCCACCCGCAGUGUACUCAUCCAGACAGUCGGAGCACGAUCCCGUUCAGGCGUCGAUUUGACGUUUACAGUCUUGGUAUCCUUCUGAUGGAGAUAGGGAGAUGGGAAACCGUCGACAGAAUGCACAAGGACUACAGCGCUCAGAAGGCCAGAGCUGCCGGCAAAGGCUCGGUAGUGGCGCCUGUCCCGUUGGAGAGCUUCCAGAGGUAUGUGAGGACAAGAUGCGUGGAGUCGCUUGCGUUCCGGAUGGGAACAAUCUACACAAACGCCGUCAAGUUCUGCCUGCAUGAUGCUACGGAAGGGGGCGACACUCCAUCUACACCUGUCGUCGAUACCGAGCAGGAGCUGGUAUCCGGCUUGAACAGGGAGGUGGUGGCGGAACUCGCAAAGUGUACUGUUUGCACUGGGUCAGAUGAAUAA